CGGCACCGCGCGGCCCCGGGCUCCCAGUCUCCAGCCCGCUUGUCGCCGGCCCGCCGAGACCGCCGCGCCCUCCGCGGGACAGCCCCGGCCCGGCCUGGCGCCCGCUCGCAGCGCGGCGGGGCCCCUGCGCCCAGGCCCCGCGGGCGUGCGGCCGCUCCCUCUCGGCCCCUGCCGAGCCCACCCCGGGAAGCUCCGAGGCCCGGCAGUGGAGGAGGUCAAGGCCGCGCGGGGGAAGAUGUACCAGAGCCUGGCGCUGGCCCCGAGCCCCGGCCAGGCCGCCUACGCGGACUCCGGCGCGUUUCUGCACGCGCCAAGCGCCGGCUCCCCGGUGUUCGUGCCGCCCGCGCGCGUCCCCUCCAUGCUGCCCUACCUGCCGGCGUGUGAGCCGGGACCGCAGGCCCCGGGGCUGGCCGCGCACCCCGGCUGGGCGCAGGCGGCGGCAGCAGACUCCUCAGCCUUCGGCUCCGGCAGCCCGCACCCGCCGGCCGCUCAGCCGGCCGCACCCACCGCCUUCCCCUUCCCGCACAGCCCCGCAGGGCCCGGCGGCGGUGGCAGCGCAGGGACCCCGGACGGUGGCGCCUACCAGGGCGCGCUGCUGGCCCGCGAGCAGUACUCGGCCCCGCUCCGCCGGCCAGUGAGCGCGCCGUACCCCACCGCCUACCCGGCCUACGUGAGCAGCGAGGUGGCCCCGUCCUGGACAUCCGGACCCUUCGACGGCAGCGUCCUGCACGGCCUACAGAGCCACCCGGCUGGCUUCCCCGGGCGCAGAGCCACCUUCGUGUCGGACUUCUUGGAAGAGCUCCCCGGCGAGGGUCGCGAGUGUGUCAACUGUGGGGCCCUGUCCACACCCCUGUGGCGUCGCGACGGCACUGGCCACUACCUGUGCAAUGCUUGUGGCCUCUACCACAAGAUGAAUGGCGUCAACCGGCCACUCGUGCGCCCGCAGAAGCGCCUGUCCUCGUCCCGCCGUGCCGGUCUCUGCUGCACCAACUGCCACACGACCACCACCACGCUGUGGCGGCGCAACGCGGAGGGCGAGCCGGUGUGCAACGCCUGUGGGCUCUACAUGAAGCUGCACGGGGUGCCACGGCCCCUGGCAAUGAAGAAGGAAAGCAUCCAGACACGGAAACGGAAACCCAAGAACGUUGUGAAGACCAAGAGCUCCUCAGGAUGCUCAGGGAACAGCACAGCCUCGCCGCCCUCGGUCCCAGACCCUGAGAGCCCAGCGGCUACUUUGAAACCCAAACCAAGCCUGGCAUCCCCUUCAUGCCCCGGGUCCAGCGUCACCUCCCAGACCUCCGGCCAGGCGGAUGACCCCCUGGCCCCCAGCCACUUGGAGUUCAAAUUCGAGCCCGAGGACUUUGCCUUCCCCUCCGCAGCCCUGGGCCCCCAGGCUGGCCUCGGCAGGACCCUGCGCCAGGAGGCCUGGUGUGCACUGGCCUUGGCCUAGGUCCUUAGGCACCCACCAGACCCAUCUCGCUGCCUGUUCGGCUCCAGCACACAGCAGAGAGAGACCACCAGGCCCACCCACCAGAAGAGACGGGCCAGUGGGACUUCGAGGGACCUCGAGGCGCUGGGCG